AUGAAGGUUCUUGUUUGGAAUUGUAGGGGAGCUGGUAAUGAUGCCACGUUCAGAACAAUUUGCGAACUUGUUAGGUCUUAUGACCCUGUUAUUUUGGUCCUACUUGAGACUCGUGUUGCCAGCCAAAAAGCGAAACGCAUAAUUCGCCGAACCCGACUUUCAGAUAUGGCAGCUGUUGAAGCUACGGGUUUUGCUGGCGGCAUUUGGUUGUUUUGGCGGGCUGACUUAGUGGAAGUGGAAGUUCUCCCUCCCAAUCCCCAAGCUCUCAGUGUUAUUAUUCGGAGACAGAAUGAAGCAGAUUGGCUCUUCACAGCUUUGUAUGCUAGUCCAAACUUUACUUCUCGUUCGGCAUUAUGGCAUUAUCUGGUGGAUUUUGCUUCUGGUCUUUCCCUUCCUUGGCUUAUUGCGGGCAGCUUCAAUGAAAUAAGUUCCAAUGCUGAGAAGCAAGGAGGUGCACCCUCCACCCAACGACGCCUCUCGCAAUUCAUCCAAGUUAUGGAUGAAUUCCAUUUGACUAACUUGGGGUUUUCGGGACCCAAAUUCACUUGGACUAAUGGCCGCCAUGGCCUAGCUAAUAUAAAAGAACGACUUGAUAAAGCUCUCUGUAAUGACCAGUGGCAUACCCUUUUUCCUGAAGCUUGGGUCCAACAUCUUCCCAGAGUUAAUUCUGACCACUGUCCAAUUCUUAUUUCACUUCUUGGGGUUGUCCCUCACCCUUUGCGGCGUCCGUUUCGAAUGGAGGCUGCGUGGUUAACCCACCCUAUGUUUGAAACCCUUGUGCAGCAAUCAUGGAACUUUAGUGAGAAAGACUUGCCACUUACAAUUGAACAGUUCGUGGUUGCCGUUACUACUUGGAACAGGGAGGUGUUUGGAAAUAUUUUUUGGAAUAAAAAACGCGUGUUAGCAAGACUGCAUGGUAUCCAAAAAGCUUUGAGUUUGGCUUCCAAUCCUUUCCGUGAAGAUCUUGAAUCUCACCUCACCGUUGAGUAUAAUCAGCUAUUGUUGCAAGAGGAAAUGCUUUGGUACCAGAAAUCUAGAUCCAACUGGCUCAUGUUUGGUGACGCCAAUACUCGUUUCUUUCAUACUUCGACCCUUAUUCGACGCAAGCGCAAUAGGAUCAUGGCUUUAAAAAAUGAUGAUGGUACUUGGUGCACAAACCAAAUUGAGCUUCAAGCUAGAGCUGUCCAGCAUUUUCAACAGUUGUUUAAGACUGAAGUUGUGGGUCCUGUUUCUGCUCUACCUCAGUCAUUGCCCUAUUUAACACCGCAAGAGGUGACUGCGCUAGUGCACCCUAUCAGCCUUAUGGAGGUUAAAAAUGCAGUUUUCUCUUUAGGCCCCUUUAAGGCCCCUGGACCGGAUGGGAUUCAACCUUUCUUUUACCAACGUUUCUGGGAUACUUGUGGGCCUGCUCUCACCACCGUUAUUCAGGAUAUGUUCCAGUCCGGGCACAUUCCUGUGGAUUUGAAUAAAACCUUGAUUACACUUAUCCCUAAAAUUGAUCACCCCUCCAGUUUGACCCACUUUCGACCUAUUUCCCUCAGUAAUGUUACUAUGCGGAUUCUCUCCAAAAUUCUGGUGAUUAGAGUGUGGCCCCUUUUAACCAAGUUGAUUAGCCCCUUUCAGGGUAGCUUCAUUCCAGGAAGGCAAGCAACUGAUAAUAUUGUGUUGGUUUAA